AGAAGCUGCUUCUGCGUGAGACGGAGCCGCCACCCGCCGCCCCUGCCUCCGCCGCCGCGGGGACCAGAGUCAGCGUAGAACUGCUGUCCUGUGUGCCAGGAAACCGGGCAUCCCUGUUUCUCCCAGCUAAAGGAGGAGUCUAUCAUGCCUGAAGUCAAAGACCUUUCAGAAGCCUUACCUGAGCUGCCCCUGGACCCCAUCACAGGCGUCGGGGUGCUCGCAUCUCGGAACCGGGCACCGACAGGCUACGAUGUAGUUGCACAGACGGCAGAUGGCGUGGAUGCCGACCUCUGGAAAGAUGGCUUAUUUAAAUCCAAGGUCACCCGCUACCUGUGUUUCACAAGAUCAUUUUCCAAAGAAAAUAGCCACUUAGGGAACGUGCUGGUGGAUAUGAAGCUCAUCGACAUAAAGGACACCCUGCCUGUAGGUUUCAUCCCGAUUCAAGAAACAGUGGACACCCAGGAAGUCGCUUUCCGAAAGAAGAGGUUGUGUAUUAAAUUCAUCCCUCGGGACUCCACCGAGGCAGCCAUCUGUGAUGUGCGAAUUUUGGGCCGUACAAAGCAGGCCCCUCCUCAGUACACCUUCAUAGGGGAACUGAACAAUAUGGGGAUCUGGUACCGAAUGGGCAGAGUUCCAAGAAAUCAUGAAUCAUCUCAGUCUACGACCCCAUCCUCCCAAUCCUCAGCUUCCACCCCAGCUCCUAACCUCCCCAGGCAUAUCUCCUUAACACUUCCUGCUACCUUCCGGGGCCGAAACAGUACUCGAACGGACCACGAGUACCAGCACUCCAAUUUGUAUGCCAUAUCAGCAAUGGAUGGAGUGCCUUUUAUGAUUUCAGAAAAGUUUGCAGGGGUUCCUGGAAGUAUGCAGCAAGUUGAUCUCUUGGGAAUCACCAUCAAGUCUCUGGCAGAAAUUGAAAAAGAGUAUGACUACAGCUUCAGGACUGAGCAGAGUGCUGCCGCCAGGCUCCCUCCCAGCCCCACUAGAUGUCAGCAGAUCCCGCAGUCCUGAGGAGGCUCGGACCUGCCCAGCACACACCCAGAUACUACUGAGCGGGGAUACAGGCCCAUGAGGGUGUUCCUGGCAGCCUUGCCCUCCGAUCCCUUCCGAUAACCAAGGACUUCAAAACCACCUGCCUUGCUCCCUUACACUCUAACAUGAUCUUUUUAUUGUGUGAUUAUUUUUUUUGUAAUAUCAUUUCUGGAAUUUGAACUGUCUAACCCUUUUUGGUCUGCUUUCCUAAUGCCCAGCCAUCCUGGGGAUGCUGUUCUUAAUCAUGAGUGUUACAUUAGUGUGGCAGGGGCCAAUGGCUCCCAAGAUAUCUGUGUGAUUGAGUGCCCCCCACCAAGCCUACCCAAGGCCAGGCACUCUGGAAAUCCUUGCCCGGCCGGACUUGAAUGACCCCAAAACCAAUGACUGUGGGUUUCUGGCUGGGCCCUUGGCUAAAGGCAUUUGAUUGGAGUGGGCUGCUCUGCCACUUUCAUUGGCAGCUGGCCUGCAGCUGGGAGCAUCUGGCUUCCUCUGUGGGCCUGAAGCCUGGGGUGAGUGCCACUGCCCCGGGCCCUGGGAAGCACAAUCGGGACUGCAAGGGGAGAGAUCCGCCUUUGCUGUUUCCAUUUCUAGAGCACAGAACUGUUUCCCUGAUGUCCUUCCUCCAUCCAUGAGGAAACUAAGAUGUUGGCCUAUGUAACUUGAAGCUCAUGUAACAAGAAUUGGGCUUGCCACUUUCUCCUAGAUGAUCAGGAACCCAAAAUUCAGAAACUAACUUUCCUGAAAAUUGGAGUUGGGGAAUGGAGAGAGAGGGAGGCCCCUUCAGACAUCCUGGAGGGGAUGAGGGAAGGGAGGCCCUGUUGAGCUGAGAGCAGGAUCUCAUCCGUUUGACCAGCUUUCCUGCAGAAAGUCUCUCCUGCUACUCCAGGAUUGGCUGGAUUGCCUUGAUGGGCGUUAAUGUCUUUCAUUUGAAGCGGGCUAGCUGCUGAAAGGGAGCCGAAAAAGACCUGGGCAAACAUCCUUCUCCACUCAGGCCUGGGUCGCCUUGGAGGAUGAACUCUCAGAAGCUUCACAUUGACCCCGUGAUGGUGCCUAUGGAAGCUGGGAUGCUAUGGACCCCACCCUGGCUUCAGCAUGGUUAUCACUGGGCCGGCUGGCUGACUGGUUAAUUGCUAGGCCCGAUGCAUGUCUUGAUGAUGUCUGUACUGUGAUAAGUUAUUUUGACAAGUUUGUUUGAACUAUGCUGCUUCUUGAAUCAUUGCUGCAGAACUGAUGAACUGCAGUAAAUUGUCUUUCCUUCUGAGUGUUAUGGUUUGAUAUUGUUCUUUGUGUUGAUUGCCCAACCCCAUUAAAGGUGCGUUUCUACAGUAGCAGACAUCGUUGAGGCUCCUGGACACUCGGGUGACUGAUGCUCUGACUUGUUUUGUGCUGCUGCUGACUGGGUGGGGAUUGUUCUGACUUUACAAAAUUAUUGCAUGUCAGCAUGGUCUCGCCAGAUAUUUAAAUGUUCGGGGAAGAGAUUAUGAUGAUGCCUUGAGUUGAAGGGAGGAAUUAAGGAGAAGUAGGUCUUGGGGAUGUUCUUAUUUACAUUUGCCUAGGCAGGAAGAACCAGUGCUCCAAAUAGGUAAAACAUCCCCAUAAAGCCUAGGGAAAAUGAUCCAUUUCGGAGCUGGAACAGGGCUGAUUAUCUUCCAGGCAGGUAUCCGUUUUACCCCUGACUUGUCAGAGUUGAUUUGCCUGCAUUGGACAUGGAACAUCUGAGGUGGAGCUGGAGUGAUGUUUGGGUUUCGGAAGUUUGAGCAGCUGUGUCAUUAGCAUGUGUGGGAGGUGGUGAUGCCUACAGGCACUGUUGACGUGGAAGUAUGUAUUGCUGUCGCUCUCACGCUGUGCUCUGAGCAAAUGGAGACCCAGGUUGUCCUUAAAGUUUUACAAAGGCCCAUUGGAUUUUAACAGCGGGGCCACGCAGUUGUCACGGGGGUACAAGGCCAGUUGUAUGGGAAGGACCAGCCUCUCCUGAUCUCUUGUGUCAAUGUCCUUUCUGGGCCCAGUAGAAUGAAGUCAGCAGUAGGGAGCCUUGACCAAACAGGGUGAAUUAAAAGCAUGGACACCUCUAGAAUCCAUUCACCCUGCUUGGAAACUUAAGGAGCCCUCAAACAGAGAUACGUAAACUUCCCAGUACUUGGCACGACUGGUUUUGUAAGUUCACAGUUCUGAGGUUGGACAGCCUGCAAGGCUGCUAGCCCAGGAGGCCGGGAACAAGGGUCUAUUAUUAGUUCACAUACGGGGCCUCUUUGCACGUUGGACAGAGGGUUUCUUGCUGAUGUAGAGGAAGGUGGUAAGCAGGGUGAAUCAUCCUGUAGUGAGACACUGGAGAAAGCUGGAGGACUCCAGUGAGGCCCCCAUUACAGCUUCCAAGAACAGAGAAGGAUUUCCAGCAUGGUUAGGACAGAGACCGUGUCCAUUUUCAUUUGAUUUUUUUCCCAGUGCAGGGCACGGCCACCCCAUGUUGUGCACUCUAUAAAUUGCUGUGACGAUGACAGAAAGUUUAAUUCGACCCAAAAUGCAAACCCAGAAUUAAGGCAGCCACCUAAAACUUUUGGGCAAUUUCAGCACCCAUACCAGGUUAGCCAGCCCCCAGCAUCUCUCCUUUGGUUUGGUUACUCUUUUAGAGCACCCCGCUGGGGUUUAAGAGGAAAAGUGGCAGCCCUCAAGACUGUAAGCUCCUUGUGGGCAGGGAACGUGGCUACCAAGUCUUUUGUAUUGUACUCUCCCAAGCACUCAGUACAGUGUUCCGCAUAGAGUAAGUGCUCAAAAAAAAAUCACUGAUUGAUUUAAAAUCUAAGAACAUCAAAUUUGGCGGGUACAAAGCAGGGAGAAGGCAAGGGGGGCUCGAAUGUCAGCAAAUGGGAGAAGGGCUUAGAAGAAGGGCUGGGAAAGGUCAUUUUACCAUGAAUGAACCCUCUCAAAGGCUGCUUACUAGCAAAAUGCACCUUUUGAUUAUAAAUUCCUCUAGAUUGCCCAGUGUUGUGUUUAUACAGAAGCAGCAGCAGUUGUCAGUGUCUGCAAAGAUUACUAGAGAGCCAGCUGGCACCAGACUGUGAACUCCCUCUAUUAACAGAACAGCAGAAAAAAAAAAACUAGCAUCAAGGAAUUAGUUUGUGUAACAUUGACUGUGAAGGAUGUGAUAAAUGCCAGUUCCAAGUGAAUUAGGUGAUGCCAAUGUUAAGGUUGUGUGUGUAUGUGUGAGAGAAAGAGAGAGAGAUCUUUUUAUAGCUGUUCAUGACCCUCCCCCACCUCCACUGCUCUGCCCUUUGGUUAGAGGCUUGAGAGAUACACGUAUUUGGUAUGAGGAUAAGGUGGUACAUGUGUGAUAGUGAACAGUUACUAUUUUCUGUGCAUUUUUUUCUGGGUGUUUUCAUGGUUUCAGAAGUUCUCAGUUUGAAUUCAUACAGACAGAGGUGGUGGUCCAGUUGCCCGAGGGUCCUGGGUCAGUAAUGAUGAGGCCAGAUUGUCUUUUUUUCUCAGAGCUCUAUGCCACCGAGAGGACUUAGAUGGGGCCCCCUCCCUGCCCUGCCCACGCCACUCUUAAGCCAGUUUUUCAGAUCCUACCACUCAAGGGCUGGCAGAAGAAGGCAGAGGGAGGCAGAGUACCACUGCAGAUUUCCCUGAGGCCACUAUCCCACCAUUGACUCAGACAUGCCCACUGCCCAGUGGCUGUUGCUGUUAUUUGUGGUGAGAUGGACAGGGUCCAAGCUCUCAGGGAGAAGUUGGCUAGGCUUGAAAGCCAGGGGCCUGGGCCAGAACCCGAAGGGUGGGCAGGGGCUGUUCCUCAGGGCUAGCCUGCCUGCAGGAUGCUUGACCAGUUGUUUGAGAGGUGGGUCCACGUGUUUAGGUUGAGAUUCUGACUCAACCUUGGAACCUCAUAAGUGACCUAAGGAGUAAAAGUUUCCGGGGUGGAAGGAGUAGGCCUCCACCCCUAUUGUCUCCUCCCAACUCUCCUCCCAGCCUCAUCAACCCUCUCAAACCAAAAGGAGGGGGAAACUGCCUCUGCCCAGUGAAAUAGCUCAUCUCGGAGCUUCCGAAUCCAUCUCCUCGGCCUGAUGUUGGAAAACCAGACGCUGUAUGUCUUAAUCAUCGGUCACGGGCUGACUGUUCAGGCAGCGGCAUUUUAAAUGACAUAUCAUCAUGAGAAGAGAAUUCCGUAUUCGGUUGCCAAGUGUUUUUAAGAUGCUGUGCAUUUGUGGGGCUAUUGAAAGUGGAAUUACUGUGCAUUAAUCCUAGGUAUUAUGUUCCUGUUGGUAUUUAUUUUAGACGACUUCUGUAUUUUACAAAGGGAAGUUUCACUGUGUGAUUAUUAGCCUGUAUUGUUAAUAUAAUUUGUUAAAUAAAAGUUUGUUUUAACCACU